AAAAUUAAAAAAAAAACAUAAAAAAACAGUGCUUCCCACACGUUAAUCGCCAAACGUCGUAGCACAUAGGCAAAGGUUCCUCAGACGAACCGAACUCACCGUAACACCAAAUACCACCGUUAAUCUAAAACCACCAGGCCCCAGCCACCGCCACGCGCAUCAUGGACUCCAUCGCCGGAGCUCCGCCUCACACAGCAACCCCUCCGUCGUCUCGGCCGUCGCCGUUUCCUGGCCGGGAAGACUGCUGGUCGGAGGAAGCCACGUUCACGCUCAUCGAGGCAUGGGGAGAACGCCACCUCGAACUCAACCGCGGGAACCUCCGCCAAAGGCACUGGCAGGAGGUUGCCGACACCGUCAACGCACGUCACGGCAACGCCGGCGCCAGGGCCCGCCGCACCGACGUGCAGUGCAAGAACCGCAUCGACACGCUCAAGAAGAAGUACAAGAUCGAGAAGGCUAGGGUUUCCGAUUCCGGCGAUUCCGCCACCGCCUGGCCGUUCUUCCGCCGCCUCGAGUUCCUCAUCGGCGACAAUUUCCCGGCAAAGAAGCCCUCCCCGCCGGAGUCAGGCUCCGCCGAUCGGCGGAGCACUCCUCCGGCGAAGUCUCCGGCGUGGGCCCUCAUUCCGGUCGGUCCUCGAUCCCGCUCUCAGAAGCGGCCGACGCCGGCGGCGCCAGCGGCAGAGAGCGUUGCCGACUCAUACUUCCGGCGGAAUUUCUCGGUUUUUGCGGCAGCGGCGGCGGCGGCCGCGGAGGCUGAUAGCGAUAAUUCGAACGGUUCUAAAUGGAGCAGUGGGAGUGAGAAGAGAGAGAAGAAGAAAAGAGGAAGGGAUUGGGAAUUUGGUUACAGAGAGGUUGCAGAAGCGUUGGAGAGGUUUGGGGAGAUUUAUGAGAGAGUUGAAGAAGCUAAACAGAGGCAAAUGGUUGAGUUGGAGAAACAGAGAAUGCAGUUUGCUAAGGAUUUGGAAACCCAGAGAAUGAAACUCUUCAUGGAAACUCAGCUUCACUUGCAAAAAAUGAAUCGCUCCAACUCCAAGCGUUCUUCUGCAACUGACAGUGUCUCAUAGCAAACGGUGAUGGAGACUCUGAUCCAGAACAACAUAAACACAUUACCAUUGGACAUGGAAGCAUCUUUAGCCUUUUUAUUUUUUAAUGAAAAAGGAAUUUAGGAAAGGUAUGUUUACAGUAAGGUUUAAAUUUGGUCGUGUUCUAGAAUCUUAGUAGUCGAAUACUAUCUUUAUGUGCAGUAAAUUUAGUUUCUCUGUCAUCUUCCAGCAUUUCAAGAAAAAUGAACAAAGACACUGUGAAUAUUCAAUUGGAACUUUAGUUAA